AAAGAGCGUGUGCUUUACUCUGUCUUUGGUUGCACUUGACUUCUGUGUUCCGCCUGUCAUUAUUUACCACUUCCUUUGUUGUGAUGUCAGCCAUACGAGCUGCAGUCCAUGCCAAAUGGAUUGUAGGGAAAGUUAUUGGAACAAAGAUGAGAAAGACUGCAAAAGUCAGAGUGACCAGGCUGGUGCUAGAUCCUUACUUAUUAAAGUAUUACAACAAGAGAAAGACCUACUUUGCACAUGAUGCACAACAGCAGUGCACCAUCGGAGAUAUAGUGUUGUUAAAAGCACUGCCAGAGAGGAGAUCAAAACAUGUGAAACAUGAACUAUCUGAGAUUGUAUUCAAAGUGGGGAGAGUGGUAGAUCCCCUAACUGGGAGUAGAUGUGCUGGAAGUGUGUUCCUCGAUAGUCUGACAGCCAAUGAAGAUGCAAAUGUUGCAAAUCUUAAUGAACAGCUUCAGAGUCUGGAUAUUACAGCCACUGCAAGUGAAGACAAAGCAGUGGAUUCUUAAGGUUUUGCAAUUAUUUUGACUGUCUUCUUAAAACAACUCUUAAAUGAACUGCAGUGACUGGAAACUGGCUUAUGGCAUAUGAACUGCCUAUGGCUACCAAUUAUGUUGCACUGCUUCAAGUAUGGUCCUAACAUUCUUUUCCCAAAGAACUAAACAACAUUAGUUUUAACACUGCACAACAUUUCCCUGUGCUUGUAAGACAUUUGCUAGUAUAAAUACAAUGAGUUUGGUCAGGAUGUUUUUUUUCGGACAUCACACAAAGAAACUAUAUAGACUCUUCCAAAACACUGUAUAGUUGUCACUUACUUCUUUAUUAAAGUACUUUUCUUUAAAUGUGACUUGAAGGGUUUUUAAGCAGCAAUUUAAAAUCACACAUAAGUAGCUACUCUGUUGCUCUCUGAUUGGUGGCCACUACUCCGUAUACACAUUACAACACUGUAAAGACAUAGAUAUGUAGUUGAGGCUGUUAAAUGAUCACAAGAAACAUAUAAGAAGGCUAAUGCUACAUGACUGCUCCAUCCAGCAGCUUCUACAAACCGUCAUAACACAAUGUUUGUAACAGAAACUCAUGAUUAACUCUUAUUACAUGCAACACCAAAGUCUUGAUAUCAAUACUUGUGUGAAAUAAACAAUCAACCAUCAAAGGAACUAUAUUGCAGUUAGUAUAUUGGUAACAUUAUGAGCAAUGGGGUACCUGCAAAUAUGCAGAAUUUUAAAGGAGAAAACAAAGUAUAAAACAUGUUGCCUGUAUUAUUAAGAUUGUGGGAAUCACAUCAUCAUGAUUUUGUUAGCAACUUGGCCUGCUAAUUCAGAAGCUCCUUGUGCGGAUAGUAGCAAAUAAAUAUUAGAGCCCGCUCUUGCUACAUGAUCAUCUGCUUGUAACAGAAACUGUAAUGUUCAGAAAGCAUACACUUAUUAUAUUAGUCAAUACAUCUAUAACUAUCAUAUCACAAUGUAAUUUUGUUUUUAUCAUACUGUAGAAAGACUUGCCAAUUCUCCCUGAUAAAGGAAGUCUAGUGGACUUUGUUAUAUAAAUAAUUUGUAUAGUGCUUCAAGCUCCAAAUUGUACAUUUUAUGAGGGUUUAACUUACCCAGUGCAUUGGGGGAUCCAGGUGCUCACACCUUAAGCCUUCAGGUGUUGCUGUUCUAAAUAAAUAAAUUUUUUAAC